AAUCGAGUCUUUGGCUGGUCCGGUCCAUUCCCACUCCCACUCCCCACACGCUCCUCCUCGCCGGCCGGCCAUGGCGGCGAUGCCGAUGCCGACGCCCAGCACCCGAUCUCUCCUGCUGCUGCUGUUGCUCCUGGCCACCCCCUUCCUCCUCGCCUCCUCAACCCCCACCUCCAACCCGGACAUCGACCUCGACUACCUCAUCAAGAACGCCGGCCUCGACGACACCACCACCGAGGACGGCGCCCCGGACUUCCCCGGCCUCGACGCCGACUACGACGACGAGGAGGACCUCUUAGACGAGGAUGUGCCCGACGCGUCCUCCUCCCAGGACCAGGAGGCGGUGGACGAGGCGCACGUGCUCCUCCUCACCGCCGCCAACUUCACCUCCGUCCUCGCCGCCCGCCGCCACGUCAUGGUCGAGUUCUACGCGCCCUGGUGCGGCCACUGCCGCGCGCUCGCGCCCCACUACGCCGCCGCCGCGGCCCACCUCGCGCUCGACCAGCCCGGCCUCGACGUCGCGCUCGCCAAGGUGGACGCCACCGAGGACCACGACCUGGCGCAGGCGCACGACGUGCAGGGCUACCCCACCCUCCUCUUCUUCAUCGACGGCGUGCCCAGGGACUACGCCGGCGAGAGGACAAAGGACGCCAUUGUGGCUUGGAUCACCAAGAAGCUGGGCCCUGCGGUGCAGAACCUCACCGCCGUCGACGAGGCCGAGAAGAUCGUCACCGGCGACGACGUGGCCGUGCUCGCAUACCUCCACCACCUCUCGGGUGCGCACAGCGAUGAGCUUGCUGCUGCCUCAAGGCUGGAAGAUACCGUCAGCUUCUACCAGACUACCAGCCCCGAUGUGGCCAAGCUUUUCCACAUUGACCCGGAGGCAAAGCGCCCGUCAGUAGUCCUGCUCAAGAAAGAGGAGGAGAAGUUGACCGUCUUUGAUGGUGAGUUCAGAGCGUCUGCGAUCGCCGAGUUUGUUUCGGCGAACAAAAUCCCAUUGAUCACCACCCUCACACAGGAAACCGCCCCUGCGAUUUUCGAUAAUCCGAUCAAGAAGCAAAUUUUGCUAUUCGCUGUUGCAAAGGAGUCCUCGAAAUUCCUGCCCAUCUUGAAGGAAACAGCAAAAUCAUUCAAGGGGAAGCUUUUAUUUGUUUUUGUGGAGCGUGACAAUGAGGAAGUUGGUGAACCUGUUGCCGAUUACUUUGGAAUUACUGGACAAGAGACCACGGUUCUUGCUUACACUGGGAAUGAGGACGCUAAGAAGUUUUUCUUCAGUGGUGAAAUAUCACUGGACAGCAUUAAGGCAUUUGCUCAAGAUUUCCUGGAGGACAAGCUCACACCAUUCUACAAGUCCGACCCAGUACCUGAAUCCAAUGAUGAGGACGUCAAAGUUGUUGUUGGCAAGAGUCUAGAUCAAAUAGUUCUGGAUGAGUCAAAGGAUGUCCUUUUGGAGAUAUAUGCACCAUGGUGUGGCCAUUGUCAGUCACUGGAGCCUAUCUACAACAAGCUGGCCAAGUUUCUCCAUGGCAUUGACUCCCUUGUAAUAGCCAAAAUGGACGGCACAAACAAUGAGCAUCCUCGUGCCAAGCCGGAUGGAUUCCCCACGAUACUCUUCUAUCCAGCGGGGAAGAAAAGCUUUGAGCCUAUAACUUUCGAGGGGGACCGGACGGUGGUGGAGAUGUACAAGUUCCUCAAGAAGCAUGCCGCCAUCCCGUUCAAGCUCAAGCGCCCUGACUCGUACUCGUCAGCGACGCAGACCGACAGCACCGAUGGCCCAGGCUCAUCGACCGAGGCCGAGAAGAGCUCCGGCUCGAACCCGAAGGACGAGUUGUAGGGGAUGAUUACUUACGCCAUUGACGACAAGCACGAGGCAGGCGCCGAUGCCGAAAGCAGAGGGUGCAGAAGGAAUAGUUGCUUCUAGGUGGAGUUGUCAGGUUGGGCAGCUGGAACAAGUGUAUGUUGAAAUGAGAACACAAAUGUUAACUAGAAUCCAAUAAUAAAAGCAUGAAGUCCUUCACUAUA